UGAGCUGACAGUAGGCCGGCGACGUCACAGUGGGCCGGUUCGAGCCUUCCUUCGUUCGAUUCAGGCAGGCUCCUCUAUUCGUUUUACAUGUAGCAAGCAGGGUUGCGGGGUGCAGUUCAGACAUGGGAAGUGAGCAUUACUGCCUGAGGUGGAACAAUCAUCAGAGCAACUUGCUGGGUGUGUUCAGUCAACUGCUGGAGUCGGAGUCGCUGGUGGACGUGACACUGGCGUGCACGGAGGGACCGUCGAUACGCGCACACAAAGUAGUCCUCUCCGCGUGCUCCAGUUAUUUCCAGGCCCUGUUCCUCGACCAUCCGAACCGUCACCCCAUCGUUAUCCUAAAGGACGUACGUUUCGCCGAGCUACGUACCCUCGUCGACUUCAUGUACAAGGGCGAGGUAAACGUCGAGUACUGCCAGCUAUCGGCCCUCCUCAAGACAGCGGAGAGUCUCAAGGUUAAGGGUCUAGCGGACAUGACGAACAUCAACGCGGCGGUAGCAUCCAGGGAAGAGCAACAACAGCAACAGCAGCAGCAACAGCAACAGCAGCAACAACAGCAGCAACAACACACAAGCACAUCCGAUACGUCGCGAGAGCAUCAUCGAGAACGAGAACGAGACCGAGAACGAGAUCGAGAAAGCAUAAAAGAAACGAGCGGCAAGGAGAGGGAACGAGAGUCGAACGUCACCACCGGAGCGUCGGUCGGUGCCAAGGAAUGCGAACAACAGCAACAGCAGCAACAGCAGCAGCAGCAGCAGCAACAACAGCAGCAGCAGCAGCAGCAGCAGCAGCAAUCCGGCAGCAUCGCUCAGAAUACCCCCAGCGAAACCGCGGAGGCAGUGGACAUGACGGAUUGUCCGCCGUCACCGACGGGACCCGGUAGCCCGUGUCCAGGACCAUUGGCUCUCGACCGGCCCAGGAGGGAUUCCGAGGACGCGGCCAGCCUCGAGGAAACGAGGGCCGGCUCUCUCAGCCCAAUCUCGGUGCACAGCGGACCAUCCGAUAUGAGCCUCAGCAACAACACUGGCGCGCCCGGUGGCGUGCUGCCGUUGAACCUACCGCAGAGCCGGCUUCCGUCCCCGCACAGUACCGAGCCCCUCGCCGGCCCAUCGGGCUUACCCCCGGUCCAACAAGUACCGCUAAAAGAGAGAGAGUCGGAGAUGAGUCUUUCCCGCGGGGGUACAGAGCGCCGGAGGGAAGACAAGAAGUUGAUGUUCUUGUUUGUUUGGUUGCAGGAGUUGAUGGGUGUGGAUGAGCGGGUGUUUGCGUGCAUGUACUGCGGUGCCUCGUUCCUCCACCAGAGCAAGCUGACGCGGCACAUCCUCUCGCACAGCCUCGAGUCGCUCAAGUACCGCGAGCAGGCGGCCCACCUGCAGCUGCAGGCUCAGCUGGGCCUCGAACCCGGCAUGCACCUGCCGCCGGAGGCACACUACCCCGCCGCGGGUACGAUUGAGCCGAUGGACUUCGAGCUCGCGGCCCACUCGGACCCGACCUCCGGCGUCGUCCUCUGCAAGUUCUGCGGCAAGUCCUUCCCGGACGUUGGCUCACUGAUCGCCCAUCUACCGGCGCACACCGGCGACCGGCCGUUCAAAUGCGAGUUCUGCGGUAAGGCGUUCAAACUGCGCCACCACAUGAAGGACCACUGUCGUGUGCACACCGGCGAACGGCCGUUCCGGUGUACACUGUGUGGCAAGACCUUUUCGAGGUCGACGAUACUCAAGGCCCAUGAAAAGACACAUUACCCGAAGUAUGUGCGCAAGUUCCUGUCCCCGAGCCCCGUGGACCCCUCCGAGGAAGAGGCCCCGCCGCCGCCACCGCCGCAUCAUUGAGUUCGCCUUAGCCUCAGCAGCAAAGACCGCCGUCAUGC